GCAGGAGCAGGAGGACAUCAGCAAUUAGAUUUUUUAUUACAAAUGGAGGAACACAAAGAUGAUCAAUAUUGUUUUCAAGACAGAAACUCUUCUUGCAGAAAGGCUUUGCUAUCGAUAUCUAUCUACAUAACACUGUACAUCUUCUUCUCAUUGAUUUCAGUAGUUACAGUAUUUUUGAACAUACUGGUGAUCAUCUCCAUCUCUCAUUUCAAGCAGCUCCACACUCCAACCAAUCUACUCAUCCUCUCUCUGGCUGCGUCAGAUCUCCUGGUGGGACUGAUUGUGAUACCAGUAAUGACUGUAGCAAUAAUGGAAUCAUGCUGGGUUUUUGGGGAAUAUUUCUGUGUGUUUCUUCUCUACAUUAAUUGUUUGUGUACUUCUUUAUCUCUGGGCAGUUUGGUCUUGAUAUCUAUUGACCGCUAUGCUGCUGUGUGUGAUCCCUUAUUGUACUACUCUAAAAUAACAAUAACAAGAAUUAUAUGUUGCAUAUCCAUUACCUGGUGUUGUUGUAUCAUAUACGAUGCUGCUAUUAUAAAAGACAUUGUAAAUGUACAGGUACCCAGUAGCUGUUUGAAUGAAUGUUUUACUGGUGAAGGAUAUAUGUGGGGCAAUAUAAUUGACUUCGUAAUUACAAUGGUUGUCCCGUGCUCUAUUAUUAUAACACUUUAUUUGAAAAUCUUUGUGGUGGCCAGAUCACAGGCCAGAAAGGUAUUUUUAAAAGAGUCUGCCAGUGUGCCUGGUGUUAAAACUGUACAGGCAAAUAAGUCUGAGAGAAAAGCAGCAAAAACUCUAUCUAUUGUUGUUUUCACCUAUCUAUGUUGUUGGAUUCCAUUUCUAUUUUCUUUUUUGUUUUUUUCUUUCUUAAGUGACAAUUUAUUAUCAUUCAUCAUCAGCUUUCUGCCACUUGCUAAUUCCUUAAUUAAUCCAAUAAUAUAUGCUUUAUUUUAUCCAUGGUUCAAAGUGACGGCUAAAAAUAUUUUAUCUCUGAAGUUAAGGCGUUCAUAGUACCUAUAUUUUUAUUUCCCAGUUUGAAAAACAUAGUUAUGUUCCACAAUUGUUCUCUGACAAUACAGAGAUGAAUGUGGUGUUGAUACAGAAUGAUUUGUCUAGAUUGGACUGGAAUGACUUGGAAAACGUAUGAGAAGCCAUCAGCUUGUUUUAUAAAAUACAUUGUAGUCAUUUUGGGUUGUACAUUCCAAAAACCAACGUCUGUGGUUGUCCAUAUUAUUUAAUAAUAAAUAGUAUGUAAGUAUUCUAGAAGUACAUUCUGAGAACGAGUCAUUAUGUAUAUUGUUUAACAUCCCCCUCUAGUGGCUCGAUUGUUACACAACACCUUUAACAAGUGUACUGAAUUUUAAAUGUUCAAUACUGCAUGAUAUCAGAUAACGUCCAAGUCUAUCUCAAUGGGGUAUGUAAGUAGUUGAGGGUAAAAUGCACAAAUAUGCAAUUGUGUACCACUACAAUGUUCAGUAAUAAACCAUUUGUAAGGCAUUUACAGUUUGCUCACCAUUUAUUAUUACGCACACGUUUGCUAAAUGUUACUAAUCUGUGUAUUAUGACAUGUAUUAAUGACUACAAAAUGCAUUAUUGAAUCAACUCAACAGUGCAGGACAGUGUAGCAGACACUUCAACCUCAACAUACUGGUUAUGAACACUACCACUACUCUCACUACAACACUGCUGCCAGGC